UGUAAAAUAACCUAAAAGAUAUUAAUUUUAACAAUACAGUGUUUAAUUUUGAAGUGUUGGCUGUAAAAAUUAAUAUGAAGAAACCAAAACAAGCAGCUCGUGCAAGUUUUCCAAAUAUCCGUAAGGCUUUACGUAAACAGAAAAGGCAGCAAAAAAAGGUCCAUAGGCAAGAACAUUAUUUAAAGAAAAAAACUGUUCAGAAACAGCCAAAAUAUACAGCAGGGAGGUUUGUAAAGCGACCUGCUGACUCUCCAGAGCCUGAUGUAGAAGUUAAGAAGAAAAAGCAAAAAACCCAACCGCUACCAAUUGACAUCAUUCAAAAAGAGCGUGAGAAAGAGAAGAAAGUAGCUGACCGUCUGAAAGCUCAGAUGGAGGAACAGAGACGGAAGAUGUUUCUAGAAGCCAAUGAGGAGGAGGACAGAAUGAUAAAGAAACUGGAAAAGCAGCUUGGGUUGAAUAAGAUUAAAAAUAAGAAGAAGUUCUUUGAGGAUGAUGGGCUUGAUUAUGUACUAGAAAUCUGUGACAGACAAACAACAGAACAAAUAGUAGCCGCCGAGAAACAUCUAGCCAAUGUUGAAGGUGAAUCGGACUUUGAAGAAGAUCUGGCUGCAGUCACCGGAAAAGAAUUAAAGAAAACGAAAGAUAAAAAAACAAAAGAAGCAAAAACUGAAGAUAAAAGUAAAAAGAAUAGUAAUAGUGAUGAUGAUGAUUUUAGUGAGGAAAAUAGUGACUUUGGCAGUGAUGGAGAUGUCAAUGAAGAUGAUAUGAGUGAUAAUGCGGAAAUGGAUGAAGAUAUGAGCGGUGAUGAUGAUGAUUUUGGUGAAAAUAGUGAUAAUGAUGAUGAUGGUGAUGAUUUAAGUGAUGAACAAGAAUCUGAUGAAGAACCUGAAGAAAAACCUACAAAAUCAUCAAAAUCUAAACAGAAAACAAAAGAAACUCCACCUCCAAAACCAGAAAAGAAAAAGAGUAAAGAGAGAGUAGUUUCGGAAGAGGAACUAUCCAAAAUGUUCAGUGAUGAUGAAGUCUCGCAUCUGUCUGAUGAUGAUGAUUUAGAUGGGAGUGAUUUUGGGGAUGAAAAGGAUGAAGUUAAAGAGGUGAAAGAGAAACCAGAUGUUUGGGAAGACAUUUAUGGACGUAAGAGGGAUAAAGAAGGAAAUGUUAUAAAGGAAGACAAAGGUGCCUACAUCCCACCUCAUUUGAGGAAUAAGGAUACAACAACUGAUCAAGCGACGGCUCAACUAAAACGACAAAUAAAGAGUGUCCUGAACAAACUUGCCCAUACAAACCUCCACUGGGCUUGUACUUCCAUAGAGAACCUGUAUUCCAGCAACAGCCGGCACUCCGUCAGCGCAUCUCUCUGUGGUCUAUGGUUAGAAGCAGUCUGUGGCACCGUUACUGCGCCUUUGCGUCUGCAGGCCGAGUAUGCUGCUCUUGUUGGCGUGUUACAUGCCAAUAUAGGACAAGAAAUUGGAGCUCACUUCUUAGAAGAAUUGUGCACAAUAUUCGACCGCCUAACCCAAACUUUGCAGCCUAUGGAGGAUAAAACUUUGGACAAUGUUGUGUGCUGCCUCGCCUAUCUGUAUAGUUUUAAGAUUUUCCACGCAACGCUUCUCUACGACAUACUAAACAGCUUACUUUUAAACCCAACCGAAAAGAGCAUAGACUGCGUUCUAUGCGCGUUCCGAUGCGCCGGCGCAUCUUUACGAAAGGAUGAGCCCUUAGCACUGAAAACGUUUAUACAGGACGCGCAAAAACAAGCGUGUAUGGUGCAAGGAGGCGACCAGGCUGGGUCUCGAAUAAAGUUCCUCCUAGAAGUCUUAAUGGCGGUGAAGAACAACAAUUUGAACAAGAUACCCAACUACGACCCGAGUUUCGUCGAGCAGCUCAAGAAGACCGUCAAAGGCAUCAUCAGGAAAGGAAACUAUGCGACCCCACUCAAUAUCACAUUAGAAGAUCUACUCAAAGCCGAAACUCGAGGCAAAUGGUGGGUGGUCGGUUCAGCGUGGGAGGGCAACAGACCGAAACCAGAAGAGAAGGUCAAAGCAGUUCCCAGCACGGACCAGAAGCUUCUAGAACUAGCCAGGAAACAGAGGAUGAAUACAGACGUUAGGAGGAGCAUCUUCUGCGUUAUUAUGUCAGCCGAGGAUUACAUGGACGCAUUCGAAAAACUACAACAUCUAGGUUUAAAAGGCAGUCAAGAGCGCGAAAUAGUGCACGUGUUACUAGCGUGCUCCACGCAGGAACGAACCUACAACCCUUACUACUCCGUUCUAGCGCAGAAACUGUGUGACGUCGACAGGAAAUAUCAGCUAUCCAUCCAGUUCGCCGUCUGGGACAAAAUCAAGGAUCUGGAGAGCUUUUCGAAGCAAGCCACAACCAAUCUGGCGCAGUUCCUCAUACACCUCAUUAUGGAGAAAGGGCUGGCUUUGUCUGUUCUGAAGGUAAUAGAAUUCUCGGAUCUAAACAAAAGCUCUGUCCGUUUCCUCCGCCAAAUCCUCCUAGCCAUCAUAAUGAACGCCGACCUCCAAGCCUCCCUCCAAGUAUUCCAUCGCAUAGCGAAGUCCCCCAAACUCCACAUGUUCAGGGAGUCCCUCAGGCUCUUCAUACAGCACUUCUUGCUCAAGAACGCGGGGAAGAAGAGUGUAGUGCUGAGUGAAGAAGAGAUGGGGAUUCUGAAGGAGCGUACGGUUGAAGUUGAGAGGAUAUUGACUAUGUUUGAGUCUAAGUUGAAGUUUUAAAUAUUAAACAUGUUUA